CUGCUUAAUACAAGGCUUCCAAAUACAUCGUAAUACCUUCUAUAAUGUCUAUAAAAAAAAAGGGUUUCAUUCUUUUUUUUUCGCUUUUUUUUUGCCCAAAGUUUAUAUAGAAGAAAAAAGAAGAAGUGAUCCAUGACCAGCCGACGUAAAGGACAUGUUAAAUUUUUCAAUUCAAUAAAAGGAUACGGUUUUAUUCUACCAGACAAUCAAGAGGAAAAAGAAGAGGUAUUUGUACAUCAUACAGCCAUUCAUAAUGAUGGCGGGUUUAAAAGUUUAGCAGAGGGUGAAGAGGUUGAAUAUGAUAUAAUCAGAGGGCCUAAAGGAAUGCAGGCUGCCAAUGUAACUGGACCCGACGGAACAUCUGUUAAAGGUGAUCCAAGGAAUCGGCAGAGGUAUCCAAGGUAAUAAUGAUGACAACAUCAAUAAUAGAGAAAAGGGAAAGAGAGAGGGUUGCAUAAAUUUAGAGAGCAGCAGAUGGUCUCAUAGGUAACCCAGUUUUAGUAGUCAUAGUAGCAAUGGUGCUGGUGGCAUUAAUGGUAGUAAUGCAGCUUAUAUAAUGGACCCUUAUUCAAUACCUUAUGUCAUGCCAGGCUAUCCAUAUGUUUAUGGGUAUCCUUUUUAUCCUUCUAAUGCCUACGUUGUCAGAGAAACAACUGAACCUCCAAAAGAAAUACAGCAGCAGCAGCAACAACAGCA